AUGAAACAGUGGACUCUGAAGUCAGAGAAGAAGUGGCUCUUCUCGCCCAGCCAGCGAGAGGUGCUGGAGGUCCUGGCUCUGCGCGGCGUCCUGCGGUCGCAGCUCCUCACCACAGACGACUCCUUCCAGUUCAACAAGGUCGUGGCUCGCCUGAAAGAGGCGGUGGCGGGCCUCCCAGAGGAGCCUGCGACACUGCCUGAGUCAGAGGGAGUGUCCGAGCCAGGCAUUGCUGCUCUCCUGGAGGCAGAUGCAAAGGGCGCGGUCAUUGCAGCCGAGGUCCUGGAGGGCGUGAGGAGAGGCCACCUGCUGGACUGCCUGGAAGCCGGCAGGGUCGUGUACAGGCUACCCUGGGCCCGGACCUCCGUGGAUCUGCUGGUGGACCACUUUCGACAGCACGUGCGGCGCUUCCUACCCGCCGAGCAGGACCGCGUCGCGGCCAUGAUUGUGUUUGUGAAGGAGCAGCGUGCGGCGAGGCGGCAGGGCCCCAGCGCAAAGGAGAGCAAUCGCGACACAACGUCCUUUGAAAGGGUCUCAGCUGCCUGGUCCCAAGCCACAGUAUCCCACAGGGGCAAGGUCGGUAGCGGAGGCGACCACAAGUCGGAGAAUUGGCUCGGAUGA